AUGAAGGCACUCGCUGUAGUACUGCUUUUGAUCACACUGCAGUAUUCGUGUGCCGUGAGCCCCACGGACUGCGACACUGCUAAGCCUGUGGCUGAGAAAGCUCUAGACCAGAUCAAUAAAAGGCGACGGGAUGGCUACGUUUUCCAGUUGCUGCGGGUCACUGAUGCCCACUUGGACAAACAGGAAUCUGCUACUGUCUAUUAUUUAGACUUAGAUGUGAAGGAAACUGACUGUCCGGUCCUCUCCAGGAAACACUGGGAUGACUGCAAGCCAGCUGUUUCUAGACGUCCAUCUGAUUUAGUGAUUGGACAGUGCAAGGUACUAGCUAUCACACAUUCGAGUGAAUCUCUGGAUCUUAGAGUGCCCGAUUUUAACUGCACCACAAGUUCUGUUUCUUCAGCAGUGGCCAAUAACAAAGACAGUUCUGUAGUCUUGGAUUUCUUUGAGGAUACCAAGCUCUACAAAAAACAAGCUGAUGAAGCCCUUAAGAAGUACAAAAGGGAGAAUGGUGAUUUCGCCUUUUUCAGAGUGGACCAAGUAGAGAGAGUUGCAAGAGCCAAAGGAGGGGAAAGAACCAAUUACUAUGUGGACUUCUCUGUGAGGAACUGCUCCAGUGAGAAUUUCCCCAGAUACCGUCAUGUCUUUGGAUUCUGCAGAGCAGAUUUGUCUUAUGAUGUAGGGGCCACUGACUUGGAAACCCCAGAAGACAUUGUCGUAAACUGUGAAGUCUUCAACUUUGAGGAACACAGAAACAUCAGUGGUGGAUGGCCCUUUGCUGGCAAGUCUCCAUUUAAGCCAGAUGGGUCUAGAGACCAUCAUCAUCCCCCAAAGCCACAUGAACAUGGAUGCCCACCUUCCCCAGCAGAAGAUCACCCAGACAGACCACCACUUAAUCCAGGAGCUCCUCCACCAUCGCCCCCUCCAGGGACAAGAUGUCGUCACCACCCUUUUGUCACCAAUGGGAUCCAGGGAUCCCCUCACAAUCAUACUUCUAGUAAGAACCAGUCCCAUGAGCAUCACCCCCAUGGACACCGUCCCCAUGGACCCCCUCCCUUUGGACCCCCUCCCCAUGAACAUCCUCCCCAUGGACAUCCUCCCCACGGACCCCCUCCCUUUGGACAUCCUCCCCAUGGGCCCCCUCCCCAUGGACCUCCUCCCCAUGGACCCCCUCCCCAUGGACCCCCUCCUCAUGGCCAUAAAUUCCAUGACUAUGGCCCCUGUGACCCACCACCACAUAGCCAAGGUCCCCAGGAUCACCAUCGCCAUGACCACGGCCCACCACCUAAGCACUCAAAAGAAAAAGGCCCAGGUAAAGGACAUGUUCCCUUCCACGGCAGACACACUACAUAUGUUUAUCGACUCCCUCCACUAAAGGAAGGUGAAGUUCUUCCUCUUCCUGAAGCCAAUUUUCCCAUCUUCUCAUUGCCAAGCCGCAGAGACCCUCUAAAGCCAGAAAUUCAGCCCUUCCCUCAGUCAGCCUCUGAAUCAUGUCCAGGGCAGUUCAAGAGUGAAUUUCUACAAACUUCCAAGUUUUUUGCACAUACAUCUGCAAAAUAA